CGACUAUGUAAAGGCGGGGCCCCGCACCAUCAUGUCCCUGCUCUCGUCGUCGGAGACGCUGUCCUUCAACGCCUUUCUCGCCUCGGUCGACCACACUCACAUCGCAGAGAUCAGCCCCGACCUCGCCGAGCAGAUCUCCAUCAGCAAGGGGAGGCAUGCCCUCGCAAAGGCCACGAAGGAUCUCAUGUCCCUGGGCAACCGCGCCCACGGCAACAGCAAGACUCGUUCGGGCGCCAGCGGCCGCGCAGCAGGGGCGGGGUUAGGCUCGGGAGCAGCGGCGGGUCCAAGCCAUUGGCCGAGCUUCAGCCCAGAUUCGAAUGGGGGUGACGCGCGGUCUCCCCGCUCGUUCGACCUGUCCAAGUCGAUGAUGCAGCCAGAGCCCGGCGCAUACACAACGCAUCCACACAGCCAGUCGCAGCCGUCGAUACACUCGCUCACGUCGGGGUCGCCCCCAUACACGCUACCGCCCCUUAACGGCGACCUGCCGCCUACCAACGGCUUCGAUACCCCUCAUCGCAACGCGCUCAUCUCAUCCCCUUCCGCUCCUUCAACCCUGGGCCACCCAGCGGGCAGUUCGUCGAAGCGCUCCUUACCAGACGAUUCCGAGCCCAGCAGCUCCAAACGGGCGAAACCGGCUGCGCCGCGCGAGAAGCAGCGCAGGCAGUCGUCGGCGAGUGCGAGCUCCGCCAGCAAGGCUGCCAAGCCCGCCCUGCUGACUCCUGCCGAGAAACGCGCGAACCACAUCCAGAGCGAACAAAAACGCCGGGCGAAUAUACGGAGAGGAUACGAGGCACUAUGCGCUGCUGUCCCUGCCUUACGGGAGGCAAUUGCGCAGGAGGAGGCCAACGGUGGAGGCGAGGCAGAGUCGAGCGCGAAAGGCCGAAAACGACGGAAGAAGGGCGAAGACAGUGCACUCGAUGGACGAGCAGGCCCCAAGAGUGAGAAUGUGGUACUGCAGAAAACCAUUGACCACAUACACUUACUGCUCAGCGACCGCGAGGCGUUGUUCUCUCGUCUACAAGCCGCGCGCCAAGCCCUCGGCGAGGGGCACCCCGCUUUGGUCCUAAACACCGAACUCCGGGAUAUCAGCGGUGUGCCGCUUUGGGAGCGCGAGUGGAACGGCGGAACGGGCACUGACGACGGCGCUGAUGACGAUGACGGUGACGACUUUGGAGGGAGCGAACCCGAAGCCUGAAGAGUAGAGGUGAUAUACAAAGUCACUAUGCGGGGUGGUGGACACUGGAAAUCGGAGGAGAGUAUGGAUAGUUCGUCGUGGCAACCGUGUGUGCUCUGACAUGUACAACAGACGUGGACCAGGACUGUUACUGGAAGCCGUGUUACUCUUACCUUAGUGCUAGUCAUACUAACGCUGUUGUCGCAACAUGCUUAAACACGACUGUAAUUUGCUGCGUCGUUCAACAGCACAUGCCCUCCGGCUGAACUAGGUUCGACACAAACACCUCACGUGUCGCAGUGUGGAGGGUCUUGGUAUGAGACUACCGGCUGAACAAAGCAGCCUACCCCUACAAUGCAUACAUAGCGUACCAC